CAGUUGCAUCACAGUGUCAAGUGAGCACCCUUUACGAUCAUAGCGAGUUUAGUUUACCAUGCUGGGACUGGGUCAAAAGCUGUCUUCGGUCUUGAAACACAGUAGUGUAUCGCUUCGUGGUGCACUGUUCCAUGGAAAAGGUACAGAAAAAAAAUUGGGUGCCGCAAGGAGCCUGUGCGUGUCCUUACAGAGGUACAGGAAGUUGCAGAACCCGCGAGACGACGACGACGACGACGACGUGGAAAUCAAUCAACCCCUAAAAUUCUCCACCAGCAAAGCCAGCCACCGUGUUUGGAGCGUGGAUCGCUCAUUUGGGAAUACCAAAGAGCGGCCGUGGUGGAGAGUCCUCCCACUCAGCGUGUUCUGCGCUUGCUUCUUGCUUUGGUGCGUUUUUCGGAAAGAAUCUCAAAUCGAUAAACAGCUUGAAAAAGAAUUGGAUGAACACAUUCCUGGGAUACUUUCAGGUGAAGAUGACACUAAAGAAGAUGAAACAAGACCGGAUUCAUGAUAUGAAAUAAAUGAACUAAUACUUUUUUUUUUUUUUUUUUGGUUUGUUUUUUUGUAAAUAGGGUCAAUACAGAUUCAUGAGAUUAUAUUUAUUUGUAUUCGGAAGAUUCUGAACAUUCUAUUGAGAUGGACUUAUGGGGCUCAAAUCGGGACGUAUACCGUCCAUUAUGCAGUCAGCAGAUGCAACAAACCCUAUGUGUAUUGUACGUCCACACUAUGCUACAUCGUUUUAGGUUAAGGAUGAAAUAUUGACGAUAUUACCGAAAAUAUUGUUUACGGAAAAAAUGCAGUGAGCGUUUAUAAAUCCUUACUACUCAAUUAGCAAUAGCACCUCACCAAAUGCCUCGCCGCCCGGCGAGAUAUAAAUAUGAAUCAUCAGUAGGCAUAAGGAGGUUGCUAGGAACGUCACUGUCAGUCAUGAAAAAUAAAUGUGACCAAUCUAUUUUAUAUGAACGUAAAUUAAAUGGUUUACCAUUAUAGGUGGUCAGCUCAGUGUAAGCUUUAUUUGCCAAAUAUUUGUGGUGUCAAUAUUUCUUGAACAAGCAGUGGAUGUGGGGAAACGCAAGCGUGGAUAGCAGGUUAAAAGCAGUGAACAUGGUAUGAGGUCAUAUUGGUGUCGGUCACAGAAACGGGCAUGUUCUGCUGUUGUACUGCAAAAGUGAUUAAUCUGCUUCACUGAUGAAAAUAUUCACCUGCCAGUUAAAAGGUAAUAAAUAACCCAUCAUGCACUGGC